CAAAAUACAUUUUCUUCAAAAUACAUUUUUUUUCCGAAGUAGUGUAACCUAGUGAUCAAAUUUUAAAUGUUUUUAUGAUAUUUUGGGGUUCGAUUUCCAGAAAAUGUAAAAUUUUAAAAUAUUGUAGGAUACACAACAUAUCGAAAGUUUUAGAUUUUUAUAGGUAGAACCGUUUGUAAUUUUUGUGUGCUAUGAAGAAAUCAUGUUCAUCAAAAAUGUUGUACAUGCAAAACCGUCCAUCGAUCUGAGUGUUACAAAGAAAAUUACACCAUGAAAUCGUGGUCCGUGAAUUUAUUCGUCAAUAUCGCAUAUUUACAAGUAGUUGAUCUUCAUAAAAUAUAAAAAUUAAAAUAAUAUAAUGAUGUAAUUAACUAUUUGACCAGUAUAAAAAAACAUUUAUCCUUCUUUACUUUUCAGUGGAUUAAAUUUUUAUUCGUUAUGGUCAAGAUCAUUUCUGAGUUAUCCCAUGUUUUCUUAUGAAUAAUAAAUCUUUGCUUUUAUUACUAAAAAUCAAAAAGAUAAUUUUUAAUAUUAUCUUUCAUAAAAUUUUCUAGAAAGUAAAGUCAGUAUAAGAAUAAAAUGGGCUAUCAUAUAAUUUCAAUUUUUUUCUCUUAUCUUAAAUAAUAAUUUAUAUAUUAAAGUGUUAAAAAUAUUAAAAUAUAAAUAUGUAUAUUUUCGAUGUCAGUCUCCAUUAAGUUUCAUAUAAAUGAUGAUUGUAAAAUAUCAUUAGGUUAAUGCAUUCUGAUUGUAAUAUACAUCCAAUAUAAUUCUACUUUUGAAUUUUUCUAUGCAUUUUAUUUUUUCUGUUUAUGUAUUUUUAUCUAGCUUGCAACUUAUAUUCUUGAUUAUUUUGAAGGAAUAUAUUUCUUAAAUUUUUGAAAAGAUUUACUUCUAAGAAUAAUCAUCUAAUUGGAUUAAGUACAUCCCCUAUAUGCGAUUUUCAGAACUACAUCUAUGAUUUGUAAGUAUAUAAAUAUGUCAUAAACAACACAUACAUAGACACAAUAACUUACAAUCAAUCAUCUGAUAUCAACAUUUUUUUCUUUUGAUAAUGAAAUCAUCUUAUCAUCCUCACAUAAUGGUACAUAUGAUGUCAAAUAUAUAUAGUUUCUCUUUUAUUUAAUAUUUUUAUUUCCAUCUGACCUUGUUUUUGGAUGUUCUAGGAAAUCAUAGUACGUGUUGUGUUUGUGUUGACGGUAGUCAAUUUUGGAUUUUUAAAUGGCCAAGUCUAUGAUGUUCUUAAAUUUGGUGCUAAGGGAGAUGGUACUACCAAUGAUUCAGAGGUAUUAUCUCGAUUUUUCCAUUAUAGUAUAUUCUAUUUUAAAAAAAGAAAGAAAAUUAUAACACAACUCAUCAUUUUGAGCUGUAUCAAAAGAAGCUUAUGAAGUUUAGAAUCACGUUUAUUUUACAAAACAAAAUGAUGAAACUGAAAUAAUGAUAUAUUUUCUUGCAGUAUGAACAAUUUUGAAAUCUAUACUUAUUAUUUGUGAUGUGAUUUUUUGUAGUUAACCUGUCAUCUUAAAAUUGUUAAACUAGUUAAUGUUGUUGACCUUUAAUGAAUUUUUAUAUAUAACUUAUUAUAUAAUUAAAAACGAAUUUUGUAUUAAUAAUAUUAAUUUAUAUGUUAUAUUAGAUAAUUGGUUAUGCACUAAUACAAUAAAAUUGUCAAAAAUAAAAACAUUUUUUAAAAAUGAUAAUUCUUAUAUAUAUUGUGCUAUUAUCCAGAAAUAAUAUUUUAAUUAUAAAGUUAAAAAUUAAGAUAUGAAAUAAUUUGUAGUUAAAAGCCAACAAAAAAAUUCAAAAUCGCAAUUCUAUUCAUUAAAUGAAUGUGCCAUGAUUCCCCAGCAUGAUUGGCACCAUGUUUUUCUAUAACAGUUUUCUUGUAUAAAAACUUUUUGUAGUCAAACUAAAAAACAUAAUAACCAGGCCAUAUAUUUACUAUUUAAUUUCUAUGUUACCUGUUCCUACAAGUAGAUCAUAAGUGUUUUACAAAUAUUUAGUUAUUUAUCCACUAAUUCGUAUAAAUUUAUUUUUUUUUCUGGAAAAGGCAUUUGUAGAAGCAUGGAAAGCUAUGUGCAGUAGUGGUGGGAGUAAUAAAACCCUCCUUAUUCCUUCAGAUAAUACAUUUUUACUACAACCUCUAGUGUUUCAAGGUCCUUGUAACUCUCCAUCUGUACAAGUUAAGUUGGAAGGAAAGAUUGUCGCCCCUCUUAACAAAGCAGCAUGGUCAGACUUUAAGUCAUAUGAAUGGGUCAGUUUUAAUAAAAUCAUCGGUCUAACGGUCCUUGGUUCAGGAACAAUCAAUGGACGUGGUUCAUCUUUCUGGGAGGCCAAUAUGUCAGCUUCUAAACGCCCUACUCAAUUGUAUUUUGAAGGAUGCAAUAAUCUUGAAAUAAAUGGAAUAGCCUCACUCGAUAGCCCGAGAAACCAUAUCUCAAUCCACAAUUGCACACAAGUGAAAAUCACGCAAAUAAAACUUAUUGCGCCUGGUGAUAGUCCUAACACCGAUGGAAUUGAUAUUUCAACAUCAACUGAUGUAGAAAUAUAUGACACUAUCGUUGGAACUGGAGAUGAUUGUGUAGCUUUAAACAGUGGAAGUAUAAAUAUCAACAUCACAAGGAUGCAAUGUGGUCCUGGACAUGGAAUAAGUGUGGGAAGUUUAGGAAAAGACGGAGAAGAAUCUAUAGUUGAGAACGUCCAAGUGACCAACUGCACUUUCAAUGAGACGAACAAUGGAGCGAGAAUUAAGACAUGGCCGAAUGGAAAAGGAUAUGCAAGGAAUAUAGUUUUCAUGGAUAUCACGCUUACUGAAACCAAAAAUCCAAUUAUAAUCGAUCAACAGUAUAUAGACAAGGGACGUAUUGACGUAGAGGAAUCAUCAGCAGUGGCAAUUAGCAACGUGACAUUCACGAAUUUUCAUGGAACGUCAGGACAAGAUGAGAUUAUAAAGAUAGAUUGCAGCGAAGUCACAUAUUGCAAAGAUAUUGUUCUAGAUAGAAUUAAUAUUACUACGGUGGAUGGAAAUAAGCCAAUAGUUGAAUGCAGUAACGCAUAUGGAAAUUCGACCAAUGCUUAUGAUGGUUGCUUGAAGACACAAUAGUAUAUCUUUUUAUAUCAAAUAAUUUUAUUUAUAAAUUGGGAAUAAUUUAUCAGAUGAAUGUAAUAUUAUAUUAUCAUUUAUCAACUAUUAUGUAUUCAUGAUUGAAUAAAAUGUUUUAUGUGUUAGAUCAUGUUGGUUUAUUCAUGAUGAUGGUUGAUGCGAUCAAGCAUUCUAAUUUUUGGUGUGUAGAAAAUUAUAAAACCAGAUGAAGAAAAAGGAAACUAAAAUCAAAAGACAAGUGUAAAUAACUCGCAAACAUGACCGCGAGUAAUAUUUUUAGAAUGAAACACACAUUCAUUCUCCGGAGGUUUACUUCCAUAUGAUUGUAUAGGUGACUAAUGAUGGGAUUAAAAUGGUUUUGGUCAACAAAAAUUAGGCUUUUUUAUUUAAAUAAAUUUAAAAAAUUCAUAAAAUAUUUUCUUAAUUUUAAAUAAAAGUGAAGAAAAGAAAAAAAGACAAUUAAUAAUAUAUUAAAAUUAAAAUUAAAAUUCAUUAUAUUUAUUUACAUAUUUAUAUCAAGAUUAUAUUUCAUAAACACUUUUUAUUCUUAAAUGUUCACAUAUAAUGGGAACUUAUAUGCAAAAUAAAAUGAUGAUUUUUGCCUUUUGUUGGUAUAAAAAUUUAAUUUUUAACUUUUAAAAUAAAAUAGAUAUCUUCAAAAUAAAAUAAAUA